AUGAAGCUCCAAACCCCUCAGUUCCAGGCGCUUUUCACCCCGGGGCUUCGCAAAUUGUUCGAGAAGAAGAACUACGAGCUGAGAAUAGCAGGAGGUGCUGUGAGGGAUUUGCUCAGUGGAAUGACACCACAAGAUAUAGACUUUGCCACCACAGCUACACCCACAGAGAUGAAGGAAAUGUUCACGUCUGCUGGGGUUCGUCUGAUCAAUAACAAAGGAGAAAAGCAUGGCACCAUCACUGCCAGGCUCCAUGAACAGAAUUUUGAGAUCACUACUCUCAGAAUAGAUGUUGUCACCGACGGACGACACGCAGAGGUGGAGUUCACCACGGACUGGGAGAAGGAUGCUGAAAGGAGGGAUCUGACUGUCAACUCCAUGUUUUUAGGUUUGGAUGGGAUGCUGUAUGAUUUUUUUAAUGGAUAUGAAGACUUGAAAAACAAGAAAAUUAGAUUUGUAGGAAAGGCAAGUGAGAGAAUCCAAGAGGAUUAUUUACGAAUCCUAAGAUAUUUCAGGUUUUAUGGAAGAAUUGCAGAAAAUCCUGGAGAUCAUGAACCUAGCACCCUGCAGGCAAUUAGAGAAAAUGCCAAAGGUUUGGCUGGAAUAUCAGGAGAAAGGAUUUGGGUGGAACUGAAAAAAAUUCUUCAAGGAAACCACGUGAAUCACUUGGUUCGACUAAUGUAUGAGCUGGAUAUUGCCCAAUACAUAGGACUCCCGCUUGAUGGAAAUUUAGAGGAGUUUGACAGAGUCACUAAAAACAUUCACAAUCUGUCUCCAAAACCAAUGACUGUUCUGACAUCAUUGUUCAGGGUGAAGGAUGAUGUCACAAACCUCGAUCUGAGGCUGAAAAUCUCAAAAGAAGAAAAAAACCUUGGCCUUUUUUUAGUGAAGCACCGGCAAGAGCUCACCAAAGCUGUGGGUCCAGAGCCACUUAGGCCCUACCAGGACUUCAUAAUGGAUUCAAGGGAAGCCAAUACAAACUCCAAGAUCUGUGAGCUCCUGAAGUACCAAGGAGAAGAACACCUUUUACAGGCAAUGCAGCAGUGGACUGUUCCUUCCUUCCCUGUUAGUGGCCAUGAUUUAAGGAAAAUGGGCAUGUCCUCUGGCAAAGACAUUGGAGCAGCUCUACAGCAGCUGAGGGAAGAGUGGAAGAAGAGCAGAUACCACAUGGACAAAGAGGAACUGUUGAGUUGCCUGAAGAAGUUGUGA